AUGGCAAAUUGUCCCAACUGCGGCAAGCCAGUCUACUUCGCCGAAAGGAAAACGUCGCUGGGCAAAGAUUGGCAUAUUUUUUGCCUCAAGUGUGCCAACUGCAAGAAGACCCUGAACUCGGGGCAGCACGCAGAGCAUGACGGCAAGCCAUAUUGUCACCAUCCGUGCUACGGGGCCCUCUUUGGCCCUGGAGGCUACGGACGUGGGGGCACGGAAAGCCACGUUUUCGCCAAAAAGGAAGACGGAAUGGCAGAAAACUAACGCGUAGGCAGCAACAGGGAUCGCGGUUGACUCCGACCGCCGAGAAAUGACCGACCCACUCAGUCUCGGAAUGAAGACCCCUUUUUUAUUUUCGCUAGCAUUCGCCCACGCUAGUUCCUGAGCUUCUGUCAUAGGCGAGUGCCCUGUUGGCUGCAGUGUGGAUGUUUGUACAAGGAGACCCUUCUUCGUUGUACCCACGAAUGUGAGAUUCCGUGCGACAUUCUGGCCUGAACUCGGCCAAAUUCCAGAAACUUUAAAGCGCGACAAUGCGGAAGCAGCUUCUUAUGGUUGUGCGAAUCCAACGAUGAUCUUUUUUGAAAUUUAAUCUUUUGUUCAUGACAAAAGGACUUCGGAUAGCUUUAUGAACUCGAUUUCGUCUUACUGUACUGGACUGUCCUGUUUUCUAAUGAGAUGCGUGAUUCUUGGGGGGCGGACGUAUUGUUAGUUAUUUUCUUCAUUCGGUGAAAUGAGCGAGAGAGGCAUUCCGCGCAUGAAGUCGUUUCCUUCUCGCGGCACCUCGUUGAACUCCCGUUCUAUUUUAUUUAUUUAUUUUUAAUUUAAAAGUUGUUGCCUUGUUUCGAUGAGGUUUGAUCUACGUCUAGUUUUUCAAAUUGUGAGAUUCCGUUGUGGUUAAGUCGAGAGGUCGAAAAAAAUAUGGUUGUAUACAAGGUAUCCAAAUCUUGCGCCGCAGCCUGGCCAUGUUGCCGGCCCGAGCGCCUUCUUCGACUUCGCUAUUAAAUUUCGUUUCUUUUUCGUUGCGAUAUCUUUCGUAUCCCCGUUUCAUUUUUCAUCGAAUUUGUCAAGCAUUCCGAUGAUUUUGGCGCUGCCUGAAUGAACUAGUGCUGCGAAUGCCCUAAUUCUAGAGAGAAAAAAAACGUGACGUUAUGAAUUAAAAAUGACGUAUUGAACGCAA